AUGGCCUCAAAGGGCGCCUCGGUGCCUCUAAAGGCUGCUGUAAGCUGUGCGGCUCGAGCGAGCUCGCGGCCAAAUGUAGCGCAACCCUUCCACCUCCCCAUCAGCCGCUCAAUGGCCACCGAAACCCACCUCCCCACCAAAUACACUCCCUCCCCCUCCUCCGCCGCCCUCACACCCGCGGGCGUCCUCCCCCUGGAAGCCCAAUCCGUCCUCACAACGAUCUACCGCUUCCCAACCAUGGAGCCCCUCCGCUACACCACCUACCCAGCAACGCACCUCCGGCUGCCCCUCCGACGGGACCUGCUCCACCGCGCCGUCGUCUUCGAGGGCGACGCCACGCGCCAGGGCACCGCAUCUACGAAGACGCGGUAUGAGGUGCACGGCAGCAACAGGAAGAUUCGUCCGCAGAAGGGGACGGGCAGGGCGCGGUUGGGGGAUAAGAAGAGUCCGAUGCUUAGGGGAGGGGGGGUGGCGCAUGGGCCGAAGCCCAGAGAUUUUAGUACCGAGUUACCACGGAAGAUGUAUGAUUUGGCGUGGCGGACCGCGCUGUCGUAUCGGUACAGCAGGGGCGAGUUGAUCGUGGUCGACAGUUUUGGGGAGACGUUGAAGGAGGGCGUGCCGCCGGGGAACUGGUUCAAGGCGAGUGGGUGGGGGAGGCCGGGGGAUGGGAAGAGCCUUGUGAUUACGAUGGAGGGGUGGAAGAUGUGGUUGGAGAAGAUGAAGGGCGCGAGUAUGAGCAGUACGAUCAAGACGGUAGGGACUGUGGAUGUCAAGGAUCUGCUGAAGUUGGCGAGGGUUAUUGUGGAGAAGCGGGCGCUGGAUAAUAUUCUGAAGGAGCAUCGGAGUGAUCUGACGAGGGUGCGGAGGGGCCGGGUACCGAGGGUACUGAGCAGUGCUCCACUGCCACUGGCGAGCGAAUCGGCGCUCUCAAAUGAGGCGACGGAAAUAAAUGAGAUGGAGGGCGAGCAUGAGUCCAUGGAGGCAGAUGAGUGGGUGGGGGUGGAAGACCGGGAGCAGGAAGGUGAGUCAACACAGGCAAGCGAGCUAGAAACCACAGAAGGAUCGCAGAAGGCAAGAGGGCCAGAGACAAGCACCUAG